AGCCUGCAUCCCCUCUUCUCAUCAUCAAAACCUCUCGUAUUACCAGUCUCAUUUCAUCGCUCACAAAAACUUGUGUUGUUUUGAACAUGUCGAAGACAAAUGUCUCUGCUAAUUCUCCUCUUGAGAGGACCAGUAUGGCCGCGCUUGAUCAAAAGCUGGCCAUGGCAAAGCGAUGUUCUCAUGAGGGUGUGAUAGCCGGAGCCAAGGCAGCUGCGUUAGCCGCUGUUGCCACAGCCAUACCAACUCUGGCUAGUGUAAGGAUGCUGCCUUGGGCAAGAGCCAAUCUGAAUCACACUGCUCAAGCUCUCAUAAUUUCCACAGCGGCUGGAGCUGCAUAUUUCAUAGUUGCAGACAAGACCGUUUUGAAAACUGCGAGGAAGAACUCCUUCAAGCAACCCACCAACUUCGAAGCAUGAAUUUAACGAACUGGGUGGCUUGGAUUAUUAUUUUGAACCUAGGGUUCUUGUUCUGAGAAAUAUUCAAACGUGAAUGUAAAUCCCAUCAAGUAUGUACUUAUAAAUAAGAUGGACUGCAUUUUGAUGGCGGCAUAUCUAUCGAAGAUAUAUAUAUCUUAUCUAUAAGACUGGCUAGCAGUAGUUGUUAUCAUCAGCUAAUUAUAUGAAUGAAUUCGAAUCAUUCUCUUUUCCUUUC